AUGUGCCACUACAGCAGCUACUAUGGAGGCCGAGGCUAUGGCCACGGAGGUAUCAAUGGACUGGGCUGUGGCCAUGGGGGCUUUAGUGGCCUGCGAUAUGGCCAUGGAGGUGUCAGUGGCUAUGGCUUCCACCACAGAGGCUUCAAUGGCCUGGGCUAUGGCUAUGGCUGUGGAGGUGGCAGCUUCCACAGACUGGGCAACCAUUAUGGCUUUGGAGGCUAUGGAUAUGGUUCUGGCUAUGGAAACCACAGAUAUGGCUACUUCCAUCCCUCAUCUUUUGGGAGAUAUGGCUUCUCCAGCUUCUACUGA